AUGGUUACACUCCCUUUGAAGCGCAUGGAACAAGCACGAAACGUCCACCCUCUGAUUCUCCUCCAACAACACAUAAACCGUAGUAAUCGUCGUCUCGCUCGCAUAUCGGGACGCACUCAACCAACUGUGGAGUUCCUUGAACGAGAGCUUCAGAAACGGGUUUAUGCCGUUGAAGGAUCCGAGGGUCUGGAGAGGCGAUUUAAUCGCAAUGGUGUACCCGGCAGCGAAGAAAACACUUUGGAAAAGCGUUACAAUCGCUUUGGUGUUCCAGAGAAAGCCAAGUCCCCCGUUGGUGCUGACUCUUUGGCCGUUCUCAAGAAGGGCAGUGGUAACGCUGGUCAGCAAAAAAGUAACGUUGCUGUCGCCAAUACUCCAACUGCCAAUAGCUCUUUGGGUUUGGACAUCGAGGCUCAGGACGUCGGUUACCUCGCUACUGUUAAGAUGGGAACGCCUCCUCGUGAUUUCCUCAUUCUCAUGGACUCCGGAUCAGCCGACCUGUGGGUUGGCGCUGAAGCCUGCCAAUCUCAAAAUGGUGGAGGGUGUGGCAACCAUAACUUCCUAGGACCUCUGUCAUCAAGCUCCUUUGCAGACUCUCAAGCACCCUUCAAGGUUACCUACGGAACUGGUGAAGUAUCUGGAACCAUUGUUCAGGACAACAUCAAUAUCGCGGGUCUGGCCCUGGAUGCGCACACAUUUGGUGUUGCUUUGGUGGAGAGCGUUGACUUCUCUGGAGCUCAGACUCCAUUCGACGGAUUGAUGGGUCUGGCUCAAUCCACUCUCUCUGAGCAACAAACCCCAACGCCCAUUGAGUCUCUUGCCCAAGCUGGCUUGGUCACCGAUGCUAUCGUCUCAUACAAGAUUUCUCGGCUGGCGGACAACAAGAAUGACGGGGAGAUCACCUUUGGCGGACUGGAUGCAACUAAAUUUGACCCUAAAACUUUGACUACUGUCCCUAACGUAAACAAGCAAGGCUUCUGGGAAGCUGGCAUGGAUGCCGCGACCGUCAAUGGCAAGGACACCGGGCUCAAAGGUCGCACUGCUAUCCUCGACACUGGCACCACUUUGAUAGUCGCCCCAGCGUCUGAUGCUGCCGCAGUCCACGCUGCUAUUCCUGGAGCUCAAUCCGAUGGUCAAGGGGGUUUCACUCUGCCCUGCACCACCACAGCCAGCGUUGCGCUGACUUUUGGUGGUCAAACCUUCACCAUCGACCCACGGGAUCUUGCCUUCCAACCCAUCAACGCCAACGACCCUCAAGGCGAUUGCGUCUCCGGAAUAGCAUCAGGAAACAUUGGUGGUGCACAGGAAUGGCUUGUUGGCGAUGUCUUUUUGAAGAACGCCUACUUCUCGACUGAUGUGACGAAGAACACUUUGAGCCUUGCCAAGCUGGUGUGAUUGGAGUUGGACAUCCAUUAUCAUUAACAUUCAUUCAAGCAGGAGGUGUAUAUAUGUAACUAAUGGGUCGUGUUGAAAUGGGAAAGAAUGGCGUGA